AUGCCCCUCAUUCGGCCUAGACAUGUGCUGUCCUUUAGCAGUGAGGAUGUGGUAAGAUCUAAUUCUUGUCCGUUUUCACGACAAAGAGUCCACCAAACACAGCUGUACCUUGUAUGAUCUGAGCUGAAUCAGCUGUGUUCCGACUUUUCCCUCAGGUGGCUUUUAGCAAACAUUUGCUAACAAACGUUUGCUCUUAUUAAAGGCUCAACCAGCACAGAACCUGCUCAAAUCAGAAACUUAUAGAAAAUGGAGGUGUGCCUCUGGCGGAGAGAAACAAGCUUCUAUUAUUUUAGAGGUAAAUAUAUAACAACAAUUUGCCUUCUGUCCUCUUUGAAUUAGAAUGAAUACAAUGCAAAUGUAUCAAAUACAUUUAGGAAAUGUACUUGAACAUUUAAAUUGUAAGAUAAUGGAUGCAACAGGCACUGAUAAAAGAUUCCACUCUGUUGAAAGUUUCUACCGCCAAUAAUUUCUGCCCGUCCUCUUGUUGUUACACAUUUAAUAGUUGCCACUGGACAACAUGAACUGAAAGGAACCUUGCUGUCAUAGUGGCAUUCACUUGUUUAAAUGGACACAAAGCUUUAAAACAUUCAUUUGGUUCCCCUAGUAACUCAUUAAGAAUCAAACCUCCCCUGUCCCCAAGCAAUGAUGAACCUUGUUUUUUCUUUACAGCUUACUCAGGUGCUGAUAACUGUUUGUUUAUAAUACAAUAAUAGUUGGAGGAUUUUUGCAAAAGUGAUUCUUACCAUAUGAUUUCCUCAGAUGAUAUUGUUGUAUCAUGAAAGGAGGUUUUUUUUUAAAUUUUGUAGCGUCAACUGGAGGAUGUUUUUCAAGAGUGAAUAUCCCAUUGUAGAUGGAGAACUUGAAAUACUCACCCACUUUAAAGGGAACAUACCUCUUGGCUAUUUGGGUGGAAUAUCACAGGCCUUUUAAGAUCUCUUUGUCAUUUGAGUGUCUGUUUUAUUCACUGUUUAUGUAGCUUGAACGAGCAAUGCGGAUACACUCCAUUGAUAUAGGUAUGAAAAAUGAUACUCUCAAUUUUAAGUGAGUGUUAAAAUACUCAGAUGUAUCAGGCAAGAACUGAACACCAUGCCCUAUAUUUCCUAUGCCAUAAUAGAGAAGUUUAAGUUAAACAAACAAACAAGCAAACCAGCCAAAGAAUAUAUGCAUUGGUGGUUUUUGUAUUUUUAGAUUCCCCUAUUUCUUUUGUCUUGCAUAAUCUGUGUCCAUUCUUGUUUUAUGAUUCAUAAAUUCUGUCAUAUCAGAAUAUGAAUUUUUACCCAGCAGAAAAAUUAUUAUUACUCAUAAUACAAUAUGCUGUAUAUAGUAAAUCUGUAUACAUUUUGCAUGGUGAGAUAAAUAACAGUUAUUUUAGUUCUUGAUUUCUUUGUUCAUACUUCAUAGAUUCUAAUAAAUAGCCAGAUAUAUUUUUGGGUAGGUAACAAUGGCUCUGCACUUGUGGAAGUUUUGGUUGGUAGAUCAUCCUGGAGUUCUAAUGAACAGUAUCAGGUAUUGAAAAUAAUUCAGUCAUAAUAUUCAUCUUAGUUAUAUGUCUAUCAAAAGGUUAAGUUAUUUGAGUCACCUGUACACCUCUGUGAAUUUCAAUACAUUCAAACUAACUGAGUUGAUGAAUAAUAAUGUUAUCAAACACUAAACUCCUGCUUAGCUAAUUACUACUUGUGAAGUUUUAGUAUAAAUGUACAGAUCUCUGCUCAUUGUUUCAUCACAUCUGGUCUGUGUGGGCUUUAUAUUAUUGCUUGCCUUCAGCUCAUCAUUGUAAAUUCCAAUGCAUAAGAACCUCAUGCUCAUAGAUUAUCUAUCACACAAUAAGAUGUAAGAGAUUUAGGCUAUCCUUUUUGCUGAGGUUUAUGAUCAGUUAAGACAAAUAUACAGUUGUAGCUCCCACAUAUGUACAUGUAUGACAAACUUUAAGAUCAUUUUUUAUUUUCCUGAGCAUUGUUAUGGUGUUAUUAUUUUUUUAGGUACUUCUUGUUGCUUCCUCUUUUAUGAGCCCAGCUGAAAGUAAAUCAUUUACCAACAUUAACAGAGUCAGAAUGUUUGGUAAGUUAUUCAUACAUGUUUCAAUUACAAAAUUUAACUGGAUGAAAAUUUAGAUUCAAAUCAAAUGUGCCUGUCUAGGCAUAUAUCUGUGUAUGCAUGUAUGUACAUGAUGCAAAUAAUUGCAAACUAGGGGAAACCAGGGGCAAAGAUGGUAAAAAUAUUUUUAUUAACUCUACUGCAUUUUUGUGUGCAUAUUGUAGUUCUACUGAGUUGAUACCUGUUCUUCUAACCGCUAGGAAAAAACCAAGGCCCUUGGUCCGUAGUGACUGUGACAUUGUGAGCAAAAGGGAUUGCAUUGUCUUUUGUUGGGAUCUUUGAUUUUUAGUACUUGUCUUAAAGACCCGAGGGGCAGAGGAAUUAUUGAAAGCACUGUCUUCCACUCCCUGUGUCAUAUACUGUCCUUAAGAUGACUGAAUCAGGGUUGUCACUAAGAUUUCAAGUUGCCGGGUAAAUACAACAAGUAGGCGGGGAAUCAAACGGCUAGGGAUUUCUUUUGGUUCUAUUUUUCUUCUAUUUUCCAAUAAAAGUAGCCGGGGGCCACUCUAUUAGUGGCCGGGGAAAAUCCCCGGCCCCCAGCUCUUAAUGACAACCCUGCUGAAUCAUUAUUUUUGUGUAAGGGUUAACUUAAAACAAAAGGAAUCAGUGAUUGAUGUUUUGCUUGAUUUGACACUGAAUUGUAGCAUUACCCACUCAGUUGUUAUCAUCUUCUAAAGUGAACUUUCAUAUCUUACUACAGGCCCUGACAAACUGUCCAAGCCAGUGGCUGCACAAAAGUGGGACCGGAUCAAAUUAGUUUGUACACAGCCAUUCAACAAGGUACAUACAAGACAGGGGCGGAUCCAGGGGGAGGGUGCAGGGGGUGCGCACCCCCCCCCCGGGAUGACCUGCGGCCGCUUUCUAAUUAACACUGUGCAGUCGCUUGACAGACAUACAAAAUCUGCUCUAUCGUUUGACAUGUAUUCUCAGCAGUUCACAUUAUGUUAUUUCCUAGUCAAAAGCCCUCUUCCUCUUCGCUUUUAAAAUUUUUUACGUCAUCAGUCAGUUAGUGGUGCACCCCCUCCUAACAAAAAUCCUGGAUCCGCCCCUGCAAGAUUAUCCUUAGCCCAAACCAGUAGUGAAAUUGUGUUCUUCAGUUAUGAAAGAAACUUAUGUGCUAUAUUAAGAGGGCAGGAAUGAAACAAAAAUAAGCAAUCUUAAGAGGGGCCUCUCCAGGAAAGGUGCUCCUGAAAUUUUAGGUGGGGUAAUGUAUCUACUGAUCUCCUGACUUCAGGUAGAAUUAAAAUGACACAUCUAAUAGCAAAUUACUCAACAUGAAUCUACUCCUGAGGAAAUGCUAUCAUAUUCAUUGUUGAGUUAUUUAUUAUGAAAUAACACUUGCAUGUCUUAACUUUCAGAAUGAACAGUAUGGCCUGUCAUUCAUAAACCUUCAUUCCCCUCCUGAGGAUACAGAUGAAGGUGAUGUAAAGAAUACCACAAUUUCAAGUCCUUCUGUUGCGAAUCCAGUGAGUAUAAGAACUAUGAAAUAACAUGACUGGGUGGUAUGUAUAACAUCAUUGGUGUGGAGUGCAGAAUGGGAUUUUAGGCUACAAGAUGAACAUGUAGCCACAUUCCUUUCUGCAUACCAAAAAAUAAAGUAUUCACACACUUCAGUUUUAAUCUUUUGAGUAAAUGACAUCUUUUUGGCUCUGAUUUAAUUCUCUUAUGACAGUUGGAGACUGAAUGGGACAUGCAGCGGUCUAGUAAUGGAGUUAAACUUUAAAAUCAUAGUAAAUUAGAAUGACCAAACGUCUUCUUGAUAUUAACCUUAAAUGUAAAAACUGGCCGGUACAUUUUUUAGCAAAUUCACAUUAGACAUGUAACAAGGAAAGAGAAGAAUAGUUUUUGUCAUAGAAGAAUUACUUUGAGACAUAAGCAGUUUUCAAUAACAACAAAACUUUGUGGUUAAUUAGUGUUGCAGUGGGUCAUCACCCUUGUAAAUCUUGUGUUAGACAGUUAAUAAGUCUUAAAGAAUUUCUUUAUAAUUUGAGGCCUCUAAGAGACUUGGACGGUUCACUCUUAAAGAUGACAGUGACAAUGAAGAGACGAGUAUUUCAUCUGGAAGUCUUUUCUUCAAAAAACUUCAAAAGAAAGCAUCUCUGCCACCCAUGUCUAUGGCUGCUGAAGUGAGAGCAGCAUCAACAGCUACAGCUAGUUCCUCUGAUGAUAAAAGAACUAGUGACACCAGCGGUUUUAAAGCAACUAAAGACAGACAGUCAGUACCCUCAGACAGGCAACCAGUGGCCUUGAACAGGCAUGUAGAAGCUAAAGAUAAAAAAGGGAAUAGCAGGACAACCUCUCCAAAACCUGAGCAGAAAAGUGCCGAGAGAAGAAUAAGUGAGGUAAUUUUCUGAGUUUUCUUUUCAUCAACAUUACAACUGUAAAAUAAUUUUUUUAAAAAAAUUUCUAAAUUAAUUUUUUUUGUUCUAGAGUACAAAAAGAAAAUAUGACGAUCUGCCAAAGGAAAACAGCAGAGGGAAAUCACCUCCACCAUCAAAAAGGAAAAGAGGCAAUUUUUAUUUCCUGAAUUCUAAAUGUCUAUGAUAUAUGUUAUGUAAAUCGUGUAAAUCAAGCAUGCGGGUUGGACAUUUAUUAAUCUAUCUCUAUUUCUACAUACUGCGCUGUGUUGUCAAGCAGUGAGUACCACUAGAACAUCAAACAUUUAAUAACAUACAAUUUAUUACUCAACUCUUCAUGCUUUACAAAUUUGAUUGCUCAAAUGCUGCUCUAUUAUGUUGGGCAGGGGAACUGUUUAAUCAUUUUAUUUUUCUCUCGACAAUUAAUUUAGAAUCCGUGAACAAAGAUGACAGCCAAGUCACAUUUGGUGAAAUAAUGGUGAGUUUAUUUUUAGUGAUAAUUCACCAAAUUAUCAUAAUUUUUACCAUCAUUAUGAGUGUUAAUAUUAACAGGGAGAGAGUAAUGCUGCAGAGUAAUUAUUCAGUCACUCACAACCUUCAAUCUGGACCCCCCAACCUAUUGAUUGAUGCAUUCUACCCCAAUCAUACAUGUAAGUUCAAAUUUCCACUGGCAAAGUCCUGGGGUUUCAUACCUGGCAGGGGGGGUGCUUUAGGAAUACCAGACCUUGUUUAGCAGGAUCUUGCUGUCCUAUGCUAGACUAAACCAAAAAAAAAUCCCAUCUUUGUUUUUAAACUGAGUUGCGGCUAAAUUUUCCUGUUUUCCUUAGUCUAGACAAUAAUCUAUAACCAAUUGAUUAGUUUCCUGGCUAAUGAUACCUUAUUCUAGAACAAAACUCUCUGACCUCUACACACUAUCCCAGACUAAACUGCUUGAAAACCAUACCCUUCACAGCGGCACAUAGCUACAGUGUGUACAGCCCAUAUAUGGCAGUACUCCCCGGCGAAUCCCAAGGGUACAUUAACCGUACACACAAAAAAAGAAAAGAAAGAAGUCAUUAGCUUAUCAGAGUCAGAGUCAUCGAUAUUGCAGGACUUCCCGUCUAUGUAUUUGCCACUUUUAGAGAUAUUUAUUUCUCAAUUCAUCUUUCAUUUGAUGAUUGUUAGAAAGAUGUGGUGUUCGUGAUGAGUGGAUUUGUUAACCCUGAGCGGGGUAAUCUUCGUGAUAAAGCUUUGCAGAUGGGUGCUCAGUUUAAGCAAGAUUGGGGAAAAGGAUGUACUCAUCUCAUGUGAGUAAAACAUAAACUCUACAUAUUAACUGAUAACUUAUAAGAGGUUCGAGUGAUAUCCAGUCCUCUUCCCGUAACCAUCAUUGUAUUCCCCCUAAUACACUCUGUUUGCCCCCCAAAUUUUGCAUAAGUUAUUGUUUUCAAAUGCUCUUGAAAAUAUGCAGACCUCCCUGGAGCAUCUGAACACAAUAGUUUAUUCAAAAUUCGGACAGCAAACAGAGUAUAUUAUGGGAAAUUCGAAACUAGACAAUGUUACGCCCCUUUUAUCAGACGAAAGUAAAAAGGCAUAGAACGAGAUCGUAUUAAUAAGUUCGAAACCAAACCACCAAUUAAACAUGUUACUGAAACUGAAAAGUUAUUAUAUAUUGAAGGAAGUAGACCAUCUACUCCUCAAGAAGACAAAGGACGUAAAAAAGCAAUUGCCUGGUCACGUGUACGCAAUUAAUCUUACGGUCAUAAGAGAUGGACUUUUUGUGGGAACUUGAUUAACAAACUGCAAACAACUAAAGCUCUUGUUCGUUCUCUUACAGUUGUGCCUUCGCUAAUACUCCUAAAUUUAAUCAAGUAAAAGGUAAAGGAAGGAAGGGAUUAGCUUCUAAAGAAAUUAUCUGUGGUGCUGGCGUCCAUGGUGGAGUGAAAUGCCAAAAUUUGGUUUCAUCAACUAAGUUGAUAAAGUAGAUUGGUGACCGCUGAGGGAUUAAGAAGUUGCAGGCGUUUUGAGUGUAAGCCUUUCGUCAGAACGAAUGCUUGUCAAUCCCACUACGGUGGCCGAUCCACUUUAUCAACUCAGUUGAUAGAGAAAAAAAAUCGUUUUUCAAGUUCAAAGGGAAAAUCCUGGCUCUGAUUCAGUCUUCGUUCUAGGAUUAGAUUGUACGUACAACAUUCUUUUUCAAAAAGCGCGCGUGGGUGUUUGGCUUUUGGAAAGCAGGAGAGCAAGUUUCAUCGGCGCUUCUUGAUCAAUUUCCUUCUCUUAUUAUGAAUAGAGCUUUUCAUGGACCACUCACAUUCAAAUUUGCUGCUUCGCUGAUUCUGAAUAAAUAAUCAUGGUCCCACAUUCUGCGCGAUGAUGUCUAAAGUAAAGGUUUUGCUCUUGUAAAAAUUUUUGAUCAACAAGAAUUGCUGUCAAAGAAAGGUUCAUAACGUACAGUACCAAGAGAUUCCAAACAAAACGCGCGAAAAACCAUCAGCUGAUGCAAAACUCGGGAUAACGCGGGACUGGUAACACCCACUGUAGGCGAGUGAGGAAAAAAAGGCAGCCAGUGGGAACGGCGCAUACCAAGUGCCGGUAAAACGGGCUGAUGUUGCCUUACUUUGGGAAAUAACUCGGGAAACCACUAAGAGGGAACGGUUCACUGGAAGAGUAUUUUUAAUGAAGUGAUACCGUCAAUAAAGCUUGUUUGCUUGAUUGAUUGAUUCCCUUUUCAAUUUGCUAACCAUUUUGGUGAACGGAAAAAAAUUAGGCCUUAGUUUAGCUACCAUUUCAAUUAUGUGGCCAACCUAAUCCAAAGGCCUUUGUAGUAUGUUUGUAAUGUCGUCCGGACCAUGACUCUAAACAAAAAUACUGGCCGUGGCACUCAAUAUUUCUCUUCUUUUAGGUAAAGGGAAAAUUGUUACGAAAAAAUGGAUAACUGAUUGCUUCAAGAAAAACAGACGCUUACCCACACGAGAGUAAGUCAAAUUCCCUUUUUCCACUUUGAUUUUUGAGUUAAAAUUUUUCUGUUUACUCGCUGCAGUCAUUGUAUUGAUUGAUAGCUUACUCAGUGGAAAAGCGUCCGAUAUAGAACUCGGACGGUUGCGAGUUGAAAUUUCAUCUGGAGCUCGGAAUUUUUUCAGAGCUUUCUGAUGUUAGAUUUUUCUUUCUUUCAAAAUGUAAUGAGGUACAGGACGCCUUUCUGCUUCUUUCUACACGUGUGCGUGGUGUAUUGCGUGGACCUAUAUUUUGGGAGACUGUAACGAAAGCCCUGUCGUAACUUUUUCUUCCUUUCCCAGCUACCAUUUGCCCGGUGAUAGCAGCUCAUCUGAUGAAAGCAGUGACGAAAAAGAUAUUAAAGCUACGAGACCAGUCAAGACAACGACAAGCACGGAAAGAGGAGAGAGAAAAAGGGCUGGAUCUAAGGUUAUAGCUGUAAUCUAAGUAGAGCGUGUUUUCUAGAAAAAUAUAGACUGGCUGAGGAACAAAUUUUGUCCAUGGAGAUUUCAGAGCACUUGAAUGCUGCGGCGAGUAUUUCAAGGUCACAUGAUAUCUAACUUUGAAACUGUUUCCCGCCAAAAAUGAGCGGGCGGGCAGUUGUCAAAUCUCUAAAGUCUUAUUUUUUUUCUUUAGGAGGAAACGUCUCCCGUGAGCGAUAAGCGUCCCAUUGGGAAAAACACUCAAGCCUCAGAGGCAACUGAAACAAAAGGUUAAUAGCCAGCAUUUACACUUUUAGUACAUUAAGGAGUAAUCAGGAAAUUUAACUAACGAUAUAUAGAUGGACAAUUUGCUCUGCGAUAUAAUUAUUAUGUUAAUAAAUGGCUCUUCCUCUUCUUUUUAGAUGAACCCAAAAAAGCGAAUGACGCAGACGAUAUUUACGGCGGCUCAACUGAUGAUGAGUCAGCAGAACUAAACCAAAGUAAAGAAAUAGAACAUGUUGCACCACCGAGGUCAAAAGAAGCUUCUUCAUCCAGCGAUCUUGACACGGAAGACGAAUUAAAGAGGUCCGUGAAAUAUUCGUAACAGUGACGCCUGGUUCCUAAAUAAGGUUCAUAGCAUGCGCAGGAAAAAAAGCUUGACAGCAGAACAAGCUCCUAGGGGAGGAGAGGGUGGAGUAGAUUGCGGCGACGCUCGCCCUAGUCCCUAAAGUUUCAUAAUUUUGAUAGCUCCCCAAAGGGAUGUCUUAUUUGGAUGCACUGUGUGCAAUGGCCUUUUUGACUUACCAAAAAAUGUGCGUUGAAGUCGAUGAAGUAUUUUAAUAGCUCAACUGAAAAGUUUACUUAUUGUCUUGUUUUUGUAGAGUUCAAGGAGAAGAUAAAGACGACGAAGAUGAUAUUUACGGUGGAACAACCGACGACGAGCAAGAGGAGACGACAAAGAAAGGUACUGAUGCUUAAGAAGGAGCUAUUCACCCUUUAAGCACCUCAGCAAAUUAGGGAGAAACGAUUCUAAUUUCUUUGAUCCAAAGAUUUGGUAAUAGCGAGUUUUAAGAAUAUUGACCACACAUUCGAACAAAUUAUGGUGAUUAUAUUUAUGUUUAUGCUUUUUAACUGUUGUUUAAGGUUUUAAGGUUGCCUACUUGACGGUGAAAGACUUUGGGAGCGGGACACCUUCAUGUGAAUAUGACAUUUAAAUACCGUUAUAUCCCGAUCUGUGAAGUGAUCCUCAUUCAAACUCGCCUGUUUUUUUAUAUAGAUGAAGCAGAAUCCGCUGACGAUGUUACCUCGGGCUCAGAAGACUUGCCUGAGUUACCAGAUUUCUUUUCUCACAAACAUUUUAUGUUGUACGGUGAAAUUGAAAGUACGACCAGGAGACUGUUGAUAAGAUACAUCACAGCAUAUAAUGGGUAAAUAAGACUUAUUAUUCUUUUAAAUACUCAACUUAUAAGUCACACAUUAACACAAUGAGCAGGCCUACAGGCUCGGUGAGUCAGCUCACUAGUUAUCUCUACCGUCACCUUGUCCUCUCUUGGCGGGGAAACAAAUACAGUUUACAAUUUCCUUGAACAGUGAGAGCUGAGAGAUCGCAGCGAUACCUGCCAGUACACAACUUUACAUUAAGUCACAACCUUAUAUUAAAGACUUUAAGAUUCUAAGUCAAGAAGAGGACGAGAUUUUCUGGGUUAAAUAUAUGCUUCCGGAUUUUCUCAAUUCUUAAUAGUGCGCUCUCGUGAUCCAGCGUCAUUUUGGCGAGAAAACGCGAUAGCUGUCGUCAUUCUACUGCGGCUUUUUAGCGCGAAUGAGGUGGUGACGGAAAGAAUUUGGCAAAUCAUAGAGGUUUUUCAUUUUGCAUUGGGAAGAGGGCUUAAACUCCUUCAAUAAAAAAUAAUCGUGCUACCUUUUCUGAUGUAAAAAGUAAAAUAAGACUUUCGAGGGUGUCUAUUUUUUUAUAAUACGGGAAAAAAGCUUGAAGUGUAAUCUCCUCUUCGUAUUUGUCCCAGCCUGUUUACAGACGCCCCCUUUCGUCCUCGAAUUUAGAGGUCUCUAUAAAGAAAGACAAAAAGUUAAAGUUAAUAUUUUAACCGUUAAAAUCAAUUAUGUUUGUGGUGGCUUUUGGUCUUAAAUCGUUGUUCUAAAAUGUGUCAGAUAUACAGUAAGUGUCUUGCGUCCCUUUACGCUUUUUACAUGCCCCCUGCGUGAUCAACUAUUACCUCAAUCCGGCUGAAGUUUAAUGACCUUAGAGAGAGACCGUAACAUUCAAAUUUCGGGCUUGUUCAGGCCGCAUUUGUUCAUCAACUGGAUAACUUGUACUAUUGGUCGUUUGAAAAUACUGGGGCUGUUUUAGUUCGCAGUCUUCGUCUUUUCCUUUUUCUUUUUCUCAGUCUUAAUUUUUUUUUCAGAAUUGUCGAAGAGUACAUGAGUGAUAAUGUGGACUUUGUUAUUACCAACGAAAAUUGGGAUAGAAAUUUUGAUGAGGUGAGUUAGAAAUCUGUGAUACUCUUCACGAUAACUUGCGAUAAAAGACGAAACAGUGAAACAAAUAAACAGUUUUUUUUUUGGCCGAAGUCGAUUCAAGGGACUGAUUGCAUAAAGAGGAUAAAGUAACUUGAGAUUAAAUGCGACUUUUUUUGCAACCAUCUCCUUUGUUCCAGACAAUUUUUUUGAGAAAAUAAAAAAGAGCUCACGAGAGAAUUCACAACGUAAAAAAAUAUUUGGAUUAACCAAGAAAAAUGAAAUGAAAUGUUCUUCGAAGCCAAGGCGUUUUGCUAGUCUGGAUUACAGCGCAUGGGUUAAUUUCUUUGAUCGGACCAACGACUACUGCACUGUGUCGAUGCAUAAAGAUUGCGUCAUUGUGUUUUCGUCUAUGCAAAUUUAUUGAAACCAAAGAAAGCGGCACAAGGAGUUCAACUUAUGUUUGGGACCCAACAUGGCUGAUACAUACAUGGCCGCCGUGACGUAGGAUAUAACAAAUACCCACGAGAAAAAAAUUCGUUUGUUUACUCACUUUUCUAUCCAUCGACGGACUGACUGCCCCUUUGUAAGGUGGCUUUAACUUGGCCUUUGGUUUGAGACUGUACUGAAUGAUAUUAUUAUCGUUUUCUCUUUCCCAGGCCCUGAACGAAAACGCUUCCUUGGCUUUUGUGCGCCCCAAGUGGAUUAUGGUUUGUCAUGAAAAAGGUGCCCUUGUUCCAUUUCAGCCAUACAUAAUUGUUCCUUCAUAGUGUGGGUUAAAAUUAACACAUGAAACAUUCGUACUCAAAGAGUAGAUUCACUGUCAACGGUGUGUACGCACAAAGGAGCACAGUCAUGUUAUCGUGGGGGUUAUGACGCGAAGAUUUCCCGACAACUGAACGAGGAGUAACGAGAAUUAAUAGGCCUGAUCAGGAGAGCAUAAAGCUUGGAUUGGAAAGGAGCUGUUUAACGGAACUUUCUUCAAAUAAGCGGUCGGUUUUCUUAUUCAGUUCACCUUGAUACUCGAAUCUAUCGGUCUUUUCUAGAGAGAGAAUAAAUUGUCAUCAAAUUUUUGAACAUAGAUCUAUAACAUGUCGUACCAUGAACUGUGUUAAGUUUUAAUUUAGACGAUGGUUAACACAGGAGAUAUAUCAUUCUUAAUUUAUAAGCUUUCAUUAAAAAAAUGAGAAUAUCUAUAAUCUUUACUGCUAUACCUUAACUUAUCAUUUUUUACCGGAAGCAAAGGCUCUGUAAGGCAACUGACACAAAAACAGAAAAAACGUCAAAAAAAUCCUUAAUUUGUCGCGUCGAGCAACGCAUAAGAAGUGAAUUUCAGCUCAAUCAAGGCUCGAACCACGAUGCUACUAUGCAGAAAAUCUGUCUUUGUUCCCUACUGACCGGUGAAGGUAAGCCAGUGCCUGAACUUAUUAGCUCGUCUGAAAAUAUAUACUAUUUUAUAUCAUAAAUACCAUAUAUACGCGCGCGUGUUACAGUGAGAGGGAUUUCGCACUAAAAAUAAUAAUAAAAAACUCAUGAUAGCUACCGCAUCGUCGUCAGGGCAUAGUAGAAAUAUUUAUAACCCAGCGAUAAGUCUAUAGUUAAGAAAGAUCACCUACUUAACUUGCAAUUAAUUACAAAUCGUUUGCACCCAAGACACGCACAUGCAUGCUGGCAUGGUAAUGUAUUUUCUUAAAACUUCCGGUGAGCCGUAGCGAUUCGAGCACAGUGCUACUUUCGAAGGCGAUUCUGAAUUGUCAGUUGAAGGUGUUAAUUCACUCAAGACCU